AUGGCCGAAUCCGAUAGCCGUGUGAUUGAUAAAGACAAGGUGAAGGAUGCAUUUGAUCUUUCCCACUUCGACAUCAACGCCGUCCUGCGAGGCGCCCAGCUUACACUAGUUGGUGCCCACAGAGCUCUCCAAAACCCUGCCAUCUUCACCAAUGCCCAUUACAAGCAGGCCGCCAUAGCUGUCGGAGCCGGUCUUGCCAUUCGGCUAGCCAUUGCCAUUCCAGUGGUCGGCAUCAAGUUUGUCCUGGUCAUACUGUCAUAUAUAGCCAAUCUCGAUAAAGCAAGCUGGGAUGACAGUCUAGUCAAUGGCCUCGACCUCCUAGCCAAUCAUGUUCUACAGGUCCCACUAUUCCUCAUGACUUUGAUGCGAUACGUGACCCCCACCCUAGAUGAUAUGUUCAUGGAUUCUUUGAACUGGGUUGAUAAAACCUAUGUAUCAAAACACAAACACGAAAGCCCUGAUCAUCUUCGGGGAAUGUACUAUCCUAAUCUCGUUCAUUAUAAGCAGAGGGAUGGGAGUACGCAUUCGAGAAGCUCGACUGAGGCUAUCACAAUGUUCCUGUGGCGGUUCGUUCGCAAGGCCGCCAUCUCUUUGGCCGUCUUUGCCCUGUCCUACAUUCCUUACGUUGGCAAGCUAGUCCUACCUGCGGCAAGUUUCUAUACCUUCAACAAGGCCGUUGGUCUUGGUCCUGCAGCCUUCAUCUUCGGCACCGGUAUCUUCCUUCCUAAGCGCUAUCUCGUCAUCUUCCUGCAGACUUAUUUCGCAUCUCGCAGCCUUGUUCGUGAAUUACUGGAACCCUACUUUAGUCGAAUAACGAUGAACAAGGAGCAGAAGAGGAAUUGGUUUCGAAGUCGAGAAGGGUUACUAUUUGGCUUUGGUGUUGGCUUCUAUACCCUCCUGCGAGUGCCCUUGCUGGGAGUUUUGAUAUAUGGGAUCGCAGAGGCCUCGACGGCUUAUCUAAUUACCAAGAUCACAGAUCCUCCGCCGCCCCCGAACGCGACUGCGCAGCAACAAGAGCAAUUUAUUGCUAGUCAAGAAGCAUGGCGAAAUAAGCACGAGUUCUUAAGCCUGUCCCUGGCCAAUCUAGACACUGCAUUAGACACGCCGCAUCCUAUUGGUCAUGCAACAAUGGGGAGGUCCGAAAUCCGUACUGUUGGGAAAGUAGACCUAGAAAAAUCAGCCUCGACGCAGACAAACUUGCAUAACCGAUGGCAUCCGGACAUUCCUUUCGCGGGAAAGAUCAAGGACGGCGAGACAGUUAAGAUUGAAUGCGUGGAUUGGACUGGUGGCCAAAUUGGCAACAACGACAGUGCAGAUGAUGUUCGAAAUGUAGAUCUCACGCGCAUCCAUUAUCUCACAGGCCCAUUUGAAAUUGAGGGGGCAGGACCUGGGGAUCUGCUAUUGGUAGAGAUUAUGGAUGUCCAGCCUUUCGAAGAUCAACCCUGGGGUUUCACAGGAGUCUUCGAUAAGUCGAACGGUGGCGGCUUCCUCGACGAGAUCUACCCAUCGGCAGCAAAAGCUAUCUGGGACUUCGAAGGCAUAUUCUGCACCUCACGACACAUCCCGCACGUGAAGUUUGCCGGUCUUAUUCAUCCAGGUAUUCUUGGCUGCGCGCCUUCUGCCGAUGUCCUUGAAACUUGGAAUAAGCGUGAAGCAGAUCUCAUCGCCGCAAAUAAACUCGAAAGGCAGGUCGCUCUCCCCCCCGAACCGACGAAUGUGCACGCCGGCUCUGCAGAUUCGGAGCUGAGAGAAAAGGUUGGUAAGGAGGGCGCGAGGACAGUCCCCGGCCGGCCUGAACACGGCGGAAAUUGUGACAUUAAGAACCUCAGUCGUGGUAGCCGCGUCUACCUUCCUGUUCAUGUGCCUGGCGCUAAGUUCAGUGUCGGUGAUUUGCAUUUCUCGCAGGGAGAUGGAGAGAUCUCAUUUUGUGGCGCUAUCGAAAUGGCCGGAAUAAUUACAAUCAACUUCCAGGUUGUCAAGAGCGGCAUGGCAGAUCUCGGGCUUAAAUCUCCUAUAUAUUUACCAGGCCCUGUGGAGCCACAUUUUGGCCCCAGCCGGCAGAUUUAUUUCGAAGGGUUCUCUGUCGAUGAGCAUGGCAAACAGCACUAUAUGGAUGUAGCGGUGGCUUACCGACAAACGAGUCUACGUUGUAUCGAAUACCUGGGUCGCUUUGGAUAUAGUCCCUAUCAGGCUUACUUGCUGCUGUCGUGUGCUCCCGUUCAAGGUCAUGUAGCAGGCAUUGUUGAUAUCCCGAAUGCCUGUACUACAAUGGGCCUUCCGAUGGACAUUUUCGACUUUGACAUUUCGCCUUCGGCCCCAGUCAAGGCGCUGAAUAUGGGUUCUUGUGCAUUCGAGACGGGUGUGAUGGAAGGUCUGGUUACGGCCGGAGGGAAGAAUAGCGAGCAUAGCUUUGGGGGAGGACUGACGUACAAGGGUCAAUGA